GUGAUGCCGGAGGAGCGUGGUGGCGAUGAUAUGGAAUGUGGGCAGCUGCCUUCGGACACACUCCGACAGGUGACGGUCCAGCGCCACCCGCACUACGGAUUCGGCUUCGUGGCCGGCAGUGAGAGGCCGGUGGUGGUGCGCUCGGUGGCAGCAGGUGGCCCCUCUGAGGAUAAACUUCUGCCAGGAGACCAGAUCUUGGCCAUCAAUGAUGAGGAUGUGAGUGAAGCCCCCAGAGAGAGAUUCAUCGAGCUCGUCAGGAAGGCCAAGGACUUCAUCAUCCUCACGGUCCUGCACACCCACCAGUCUCCCAAAUCUGCUUUCAUCAGCGCAGCCAAAAAGGCGAAGCUAAGGUCCAACCCAGCGAAGGUCCGAUUUUCAGAGCAGGUGACAGUCGGCGAGACGGACCCAGACAUGUUGAAGAAAGAAGCUCUCCUCCUCAUUCCCAACGUGCUGAAGGUUUUCCUGGAGAACGGGCAGAUCAAAUCCUUCACAUUCGAUGGCCGAACCACCGUGAAGGACGUGAUGGUGCCGUUGCAGGACCGCCUGUCCCGGAGGGGAGAGGAGAGGGUGUCUCGUGCCCUGCAGGCAAACAGACACGGCUCCUGGGCUCACGGCUCCCCUCUGCUGCUGCCACAGGUUGUGCAAAGGACACACUACCAUGGCAUGAGAUGCCUCUUCCGUGUGAGCUUCUUCCCCAAGGACCCAGUGGAGCUGCUGCGCCGGGACCCUGCAGCGUUUGAGUACCUGUACAUCCAGAGCCGGAACGAUGUGAUCAGAGAGCGCUUCGGCACAGACCCCAAGCCAGAGAUGCUGCUGGGGCUGGCUGCCCUCCACAUCUACAUCACCGUCUCAGCCACUCGCCCCAGCCAGAAGGUCUCCCUCAAGAACGUGGCGAAGGAGUGGGGCUUGGAGCCCUUCCUGCCCCCCUCACUCCUGCAGCUCGUCAAAGAGAAGAGCCUCCGGAAAUCCCUCUCGCAGCAGCUCAAAGCCCACCAGAACCAGCCUGGCGGCACCAAGGUCUCCACGGCCCAGGCGAAGCUGCAGUACCUGAGGAUCCUGAAUGAGCUGCCCACCUUUGCUGGGGUCCUCUUCAACACAGUGGGACUGGACGAGAAGCAGCCAGCCACCACGCUUCUGGUGGGACCCCGGCAUGGCAUCAGCCACGUCAUCGACCUGAAGACCAACCUCACCACAGUGCUGUCGGAGUUCAGCAAGGUCAGCAAGAUCCAGCUGUUCAGGGAGAACCAUGGGGUGGCCCGGGUGGAGACGAGCAUCCUGGAUGCCAAGCCGCUGGUGUUGCUGAUGGAGUGGCCUGAGCACCCAAACUUCCCUGAGAAGAUGAUAUUCCCCAGGCCCCCCAGCCAGCCGCCCCCACCUCAGAUUAUCAAGGCAGAUUACAUCAACGCACACAACCUCCACCGGCCUGCCACGGCGGGGCACACGGGAAAGAAAGAGAGCGGGUUGGUGGGUGGCUCUACCGACGGCGCUGGAGCAGCUCCAGCCACCAGGGCUUCGGACUCGGAGCUCAUCAGCUUUUGCUACCUGCACAUGCGAGAGCAGAGGAAGGAAAGAGAGAGCAGGACGGAUAUCAAUGAAAACCUGAUUUUUUUUGAGGAAACUCGUCCCAGGACCAAAUCUGACCCCACUUCCAAAAGCUCUGGCCAAGGCUACAACGAGGCAGCUAACAAGUACGGCCCGGAUGGCCUUGACCAAGACAGGUACACAAGCAGGGCCAGGGCACACACCAUAGACACCCACCUGCGGAGCGACGCCUCGCACUUCUACUGUGAGUCCUGCCAAGCCAAAUUCUAGAGCCGGCUGGCCUCAUGCAAGGGGAGCAAGCCUGGCAGCACCCGGGACAAUAUGGUAGACUUGAUGUCGCUUCCCCCUCCCGGGAGCGAUGAGGAAGAAGACGAGACAACAGCCCUGCUCCCUGCCAUCGCUGCCCCCCCUCCCGGCUUCCGAGACAACAGCUCAGACGAGGAUGACCCCAAGCGCCGAGCAGCUGCCCAGAGCCAGGAGCAGGGCCGGCACCUCUGUGGCAUCCUCUACGACGAGAUCCCCGUCACGCUGAUAGACAACGUGCAACCACGGACGGUCCGAGACCAUGCCCAAGAGCUGGACGAUGCCCUGGUGUCCACCCUGCAGGCGCUGGAAGCCCUGGCUGCUUCAGCCCCCCCCCCCCCGCCACAGCAGACAGCAGGUCUUAUUGUCCUGGCUGCCAUCACUCCUGAGUCAUCCUUGGAUUCUGGCCAUGAAACCAACUCUUCAGAGCUCACUGACGUCUCAGAGAUGGUCUCUGCCAUGAAGCAGCAUCAGAACGCAGCCUACUUUCUCGCUCAGCACAUCAACAAAGAAAACCUCCUGUCCAGAAAGGACUUGCCUUUCCGAAUCCAGAGCUGUGCUGCCCAGGCUGUUCUCACCUCACCCUAUCCCCUCAGCCGCCAGGAGCCGAGCCCUUCACUGAAGUCAGCUCUCUCUCACCAAAGCCCCAACCUUACCAACUGCAAGAGCAAGCAGAAGCAGCACCAUGCUGAGCAGAGCUACACCUUGGCUGUCCAGCCAGUGCUGACCCCCCAGCCUAAUGAGCAGAACAGGGGGGCUCCAGUGCCAGGCUCUGAAUGCAAAGGUGCAGGCCACACAAAAGCUGCCUUUGAGGCAUCUCUGCAUGCCACAGCAGCCCCAAGCAGGGAGCAGGCACAGGAUCUGCAAGAGAAGAUGCCCAAAGAGGUCCAGCCAAGCUCCAAGCUCCUUCUGGAUCAAAAAAGUGGUGUAACUCCAGCCAUCAUUUCGGCUGCUCUGCAGCAAGUGGCAAAUGCAAAAGCCUCAGUCCCCCAAGUGGUAGCAGUCUCAAAAGAAGACAAGAACGUGAAUGGUUCCACUAGCUGUGCAUCAGCCAGCAGCAAGCCUUUGAGACUUAAAGGAGGUCCACAAACUGCAGAGACAUUAUGCAACUGUCAGCAGCAGCAGCAACUAUCUCCACAGCAGCACUGUGAAGUUUCUCCAAGUCCUAAAGACAUCCAUGGCAGUAAGGCUGAAGCUUUCCACCUCACCUCACUGGAAGAAGAAAUGAUGCCCGGUAAGACUUUUACCUCUAAAAGCUACCAGCAGAAAGUGAGUAGAGAUGCUCCAGGAAAAGCCACAAGCGGAGAGCCAGGUCAGAAGGCAGGUGGGGAAGCCACGAGCCUUGCCUUUCAGAAACACAUAGCUCCUUCAAACCAAGGACAGAAAAUGCAACAGGAAAGUUCAGCCAAAAGCUUAAAAGCUGAGAGCAGCACUCUGCACUCUCCAUCACCUGGUAGCACUUUCAGGAACAGCAGUGAGGAACCCAAAGGGCCAAUCCAGCUGGUGCCCAGAUCCGAGAGCCUGCAGAUCAGCACUGUGCCUUCCAAAAAAGUAGAAAAAGUCCUGGAGGUGACCCAACAAGAUACUGAUGUCCCAGCUAAACCCAAAGUUCCAAAAGCUCCCUUCAGGUUGAAGAACCUGUUCUCUGCAACAUUUCCGACCCGGCUGAAGAAGGAGACGGAUGAGCGGCAGGCCCAGCUGCAGAAGGUGAAGCAGUAUGAGCUGGAAUUCCUUGAAGAGCUGCUCAAGCCAAAGACCAAAGGUGACCUCCCACCACAGGAGUAUCUGCACCCUCCUGCCCCUGGGCGCUGCAGCUGCCAGCUAAGGAGCAGUCCUGUGCAAAAAGUCCCAGGGAUGUCCAGGGAGCAAAGGCGCAGCUGCGACUGCAAGCGGAUUUGCAGGGGGGUGAGGCCACCCCCUAACCAGUUGGUGAUGCCAGAACUGGAGAGGCAAGGGAGGGAUAAAGUUGCUGAUGACCAGGAGCAGACGGAAGCCAUUAGGUUGACAAGUGUGAGCAGCCCUUCCAAAGGCAAGCGGAUACGAUCCACAAGUUUAGAGUCCAGAGACUACCGGUCAGAUCCAGAGAACAGCAUGUCCUGUUUGACAACGUGCACUUCCCAGGGGGAGUGCAUGGGUGCUCCACACUACAGGAAGCUCUUGCGUCGCUACAGUGUCAGUGAAAUAGAUAAGACUGAUAGGACAUCCCUGUCCUCUGACAUCUACCAGAACAUCUACACAACCAAGCAGAAAGGCCCCCAGAAAGAGCUUGAGCCCAGCAUCCUUUGUCCUGUUCUGAAGAGCAAAAUCCAGGAAGCCUCUGGAGUGGCUGACCCCUCCUAUGUCCAGAUAGCACAGGAGAAAAAGAACCAGAAGGGGUCAGCAGUGUUCUGUCCUGCUGAGCUGCGGGAUGAAGACAUGGAGGAUGAGAAGUGCUGCUCCAUCCGGUACUGCUUCUACUACAGGAAAUGCGAUGUUGCAGAUGAUGGGAGCGAGAAGGACGAGCUGUCUUAUUCCAUCCCCAUGCAGAUACUCCCGGGAAUGAAGCUGGACAAUCAGAUGGUCCCAGUCAUGAGCAGGACUCUUCAGGUCCUAGAUGCAACAGCCUGCAGCAGUCCUAAUGACAGUCAGACCCAGGAAAUAGAUUUAAGGACCUCUAGUUUUGAGGGGAGCUUGGCAAAGAUCAACACCCUUCGAGGCCAUACCUACAGUUUUCCCAAUGGGUUUCUGCAAGUGCAGCUGGACACCAAUGAGCUCCUGACUAUCCUGAGGCAGUGUGUGAUGAGCCCUGACGUCCGGGACUCCAAACCCUACAUCUCCCAGCUGGCUGAGUACAAGCAAGAGCUCGCCCUGAAAUUCAAGGAGUUUCGGGCGUCCUGCCGCCGCGUGGCAGCCGUCGACAAGAGUCCUACCCACAUGCUCUCCGCCAUCACAAGCAGCUUCCAGGUGCUAAGCAGCCUCAUCGAGACGUUUGUGAGGCUGGUGUACGUCGUGCGCUCAGAGUCCCAGCGCCAAGAGCUGCUGACAAAGGUGGAGGAAGUGGUGAGAAACUACACCUUCCUCCUGAAGGCUGCGGAGGAGUCCACAGCCAGAACACUGAGCCACCAGCAGACGGUGGAGCAGCUUGCCCGCCAGUCAGCCACGGUUGCCACUGUCAUGAGCACGCUCACACGCUCCCUAAAGACGUUGAUCAAUAAGUAA